UGACAGCCAAGCGCCGACCGUCCAGUCAGUGUCUGAAAACGUUCCUAACCGUAAGCAACGGAGAAGACGACGAGCCGGAGUGCGCAACCGCAUUUUUUAUCAUCAUUUUUCCCUUGAAAUUUUUUUUUUGGUCUUUGGACAAAGUCAAAUUCAAGUCAACGUAAAUGUCAAAUGUUCCAUAACGACGCAAAAAUUCCAAUAAAAAAAUUUUCAUAAUUUUUCAAUUUCGCUAAAAUUCGAAACAAACAAAAAAUAAAAAUUUACAACAAAAAAAAUUGCUGUGACAUUUUUUGUGCGCAAAAAUUAUAAUAAAUCGUAGCAAGAAAUUUGUACAAAUUUUUCGGACCACUUUCAUGCUCCAAACAAAUAUUGUGUGAGAAAAUACAAACAUAGAAACGCAACAAAAAAAAAAAUUGUUUUACAAAAGUACAAAAAGUGUCAAGUAAAAAAGUUUGAAAUUUUUUUCGGAAUCGACGGAAAGUUCCCAACUGCAGUGCAAAACAACGACAAGCAGCAGCAGCAGCAGCAACAACUGCCACGCAUAGCUAAAGGUAAAUGCAAAGCUAAAACAGUAACAGCAACAACAACAACAACUGCGCGCGAUUGUCGAGCAGCAGAAGCGAACGACAAACGCCCGAGAUCUGAGCGCAAUCAAAAGCAGUAGUUGACGCCGCGGCAACAAUAGCAAUAACAACAAGCAGCAGCAGCAGCAGCAAACCUGUGCGUGUGUGUCUACAACUGCCGAAAAUUUGUUUGGCAUUAAUGUGGUUUUUGGCAAAUUAUUGACAUUUAACAUUGAAUUUGAACAAAACAAUUGGAUACAAAAAAAUUACAAAAACAAAAUUUAAAAGCAAGCAGUUCAAAAUUAUAACAAAAACGAAAAUAUUUUAAAAUUUUAUAUUUUGCAUUUAAAUACUAAAACUGAGUUUGGUAUUUGUUUUUUGUUUUCGCAAAGAAAAGCCAAAAAGUCUACAAGCAAACAUUCCAAAAAUUUACGCUAACACACAAAAAAAUUACAGUUUUUAAAUUUUAUAAAUUCAAAAGUAAAUAAGCAACGCAAAAAAAAAAAUAAACAAAAUGGCUUCUGAAUUGGACCAGUUCGCUGACUUGGAAUUGUCAAAGGAAGAUCGCGAACAGAUUUUUGAUCCGCCUUUGGAUCGACAACCGUUGGAAGGUGCUGGCACCUCAAGUGUUUCGACAUCGAAAAUUCUUAUUAGCGGCAUACCGCUGCAAACGCGUUUCGAAGACAUCGAACCGCUGCUAAAGCCAUACGGCAUCGUCAAACAGUGUGAGGCUGUGUCUAGUAAGGACCCCAAUACUCAGACUGUACAUAUAACAUUCGAAAAUCCCGAUCAGGCUCAAAGAGCUGCUGGCGGAUUGAACGGUGUCGAAUUCGAGGGCAACAAAUUGCACGCCGAGCCAUUGGACAAGAACCAACGUCGCACCAAUCGUAAUCAGCGCAAUCCAUAUCCCGGUAUGCCAGGACCCGGACGUCAAGCUGAUUUUCCGCUGCGCAUUUUGGUGCAAAGUGAAAUGGUCGGCGCCAUUAUUGGCCGUCAAGGUAUUACCAUACGCACGAUCACACAACAAAGCCAUGCACGUGUUGAUGUGCAUCGAAAAGAGAAUGUCGGCUCACUGGAGAAGGCGAUCACCAUUUAUGGUAAUCCGGAAAAUUGCACAAACGCGUGCAAACGCAUUUUGGAGGUGAUGCAACAGGAAGCCAUCUCAACGAAUAAAGGUGACAUAUGCUUGAAGAUUUUGGCCCAUAACAAUCUAAUCGGUCGCAUUAUUGGUAAAAACGGUAAUACGAUCAAACGUAUUAUGCAAGACACGGAUACGAAGAUCACUGUCAGCUCGAUAAACGAUAUCAAUAGCUUCAAUUUGGAACGUAUCAUUACGGUUAAGGGCCUAAUCGAUAAUAUGUCACGUGCCGAGGCGCAAAUUAGUUCCAAACUACGUCAAAGCUACGAGAACGAUUUGCAAGCAAUGGCGCCACAAAGCCUAAUGUUCCCUGGUCUACAUCCGAUGGCCAUGAUGUCGACACCCGGCAAUGGCAUGGUAUUCAACCCAAGCAUGCCAUAUCAAUCGUGUCCGGGUUUCCCGAUGUCCAAGACACCGGCUAGUGUGGUACCGCCUGUCUUCCCCAACGAUAUGCAGGAGACCACAUACCUCUACAUACCGAACAAUGCGGUGGGCGCGAUUAUCGGCACCAAAGGCUCAUACAUACGCAGUGUCAUGCGUUUCUCCAAUGCCUCGCUCAAGAUCGCACCAAUCGACAACGAUAAACCGGCCGAGCAGCAAACCGAACGCAAAGUGACGAUCAUCGGCACACCCGAAGGCCAAUGGAAGGCACAAUACAUGAUUUUCGAGAAGAUGCGGGAAGAGGGAUUCAUGUGCGGCACCGAAGAUGUACGACUAACAGUCGAAAUCAUGGUGGCAAGCUCACAGGUCGGUCGGAUAAUCGGCAAGGGCGGACAGAAUGUGCGCGACUUGCAACGUGUCACUGGCAGCGUUAUCAAGCUACCAGAGCAUGCGGUGGCGCCAGCAUCGGGUGGUGAUGAGGAGACUCCCGUCCAUAUAAUCGGGCAAUUCUACAGCGUACAGUCGGCACAGCGACGCAUACGCGCCAUGAUGAUGUCGACGAAUCCGCCACCGGUGACCAAAAAACAGAAAGCCGCCAAGGAGCAAACCGCCGCCGCCGCCGCUGCAGCAGCUGCUGCCGCUGCCGGCAGUGGGACCCAGCAGCUGCAGCAGCAGCAAGUAACACAACAGCAGCAACAACAACAUCAACUGCAACAGCAGCCGCAACAACAACAACAACAGCAGCAGCAGUCGCCGCCGCAGCAACAACAACAGCCACCUGCGUCAAGUCAGUAAGCCAAGUAGUAAAAACACAAAAACAAAUAAAAAUUAUAAAUGCGUUUCAAACGUUUUGUUGAAACUACUUAUUACAUAUUUUUUUUAUUUUUAUUAUUAUUAUUAUUAUUUUUUUUUUUAUUAAAUUAAAUGCAGAGAAAUGUGUAUGAUGAUGAUGUAUUUAGGUUUUCUAAUAUACUAUUAACAUAAUUUUUAAAUAUAUAUUGCUUUUUUAAACAACAACAACAACGCUGACAAGUCAACGUUGUGGGUGUUAAUGUAUAACAUUAUUGCUGAGUAUAUGCUGAUGACAGAAAUUAUGAUGAUAAUGAAUACAAAAAUAGUAAUGACGGUUAUGGUCAUGCAAAAGAGCACAGCAAGAGAGGUAAAUUUCGGUAGAAGCAGCAGAAAAAGCAAACGAAAAUAUUAAACAUUUGCAACAAAACCUAAAACAACAACAGAGGAAUAUAUAAACAACAACAAAAAAUAUAUAAACAACAAAAAAUAUAUAUAAACAACAACAAAAAAUAUAUAAACAACAACAAAAAUAUAUAUAAACAAAAUUUGAAGUCCGUUAAACAACAAAAACCAACUUGAAUUGAUGUAAAAAAAUGCAAAAUACACAACACACUGAAAAAAAUAUUGAGCAACACUAACAGCAAAUAAACAAAAACACAACAACAACACAUUUGUUCGCUUUUGUAGCAAAACGAAAGCACGCAGCCUCGCUAUUUAUAAAAAAAAAAUAAACAAUUUU